AUGCCUGACGAUGCUCACACCUUUGAUCGAUGGUUACUCUCUUUGAACCACCAUUUUAUGGUGCUGAAUUUUAGUAAUCCAAAACUAUACUACCAACAUCUUGGAUCGUCUGGGUUAAUUUCAAAAACAUUAGAGAGAGGUUUAAUGCAAGGCUUUCAAGCUUACGAUAUUUGGACUUCUAAUUCAGCUAGUGGAACUUAUAUGCGAAGGGCUAAUGAAAAUAAACUUUUUAAGAACUCAGAUUUGUACUCAUUUGUGACGCUUGAUUACGUAAAAGAUUGCAUCUCCAAACCACAUAUUCAGAGAAGUGAUUCUGAAAACAUGUUAACAGUGAAGAUCAACGUUUACUUGGAAAAGGAAAAUCCUGCAAGACUGGAAAGAAUUUCAAAGAGGGAUGUCUCUGAAGAUAUUGAGAUAAAAAAUUUUUUGUGGGCGAACAGUCCACCAGCCAAUAUGUUGACAGAUGAACACAUUAAAGUUAAAAGCCCCGGGAUUUUUCAUUUUUCUCUUGUUCAGCUUGCGGGAGAGACUAAGACUAGUGCGUCGUGCAAGGUACAGUUUCAUUCGAAAGCCAUCUCAUCAUUUGCCAAACUCAACAUCAACCGCCAGCACAUCUAA